CUGUAGGUGUCAUUAGUCGGUGUCGAGAGAUAUUGAAAAGGUUUAAUGUUAACGGUGUAGAAUCGACUAACUGACAGAACACGAUGGACGCAAAAUCUCUAAAAACAGAAGAACCAAGAAAAGCCUACCCCUACAUUACAUACAAGGGCAGUACAUUUCCACCAAAGCCACCGAUACUCGAGAAAGGUCCAGAAAAACAUUUUGCAGACAUAACAAAUUAUAAUACAAGAGACAAUGAUAUUCUGCUUUGCUCUUCUCAGAAAUCGGGAACCCAUUGGGUACAUGAGAUAAUAUCCAUGCUUUUGACACAGAAAACAGAAUAUAACUCCCAUGGACCAAUGUGGGAAUUAAAUCUAGAAUAUCUAAGACAACCAGAAGAGGUUGAGAAACUUGUUGGUCCCCGAAUUUUUACCACGCACCUGCCAUUUAGUAUGUUACCUAGGAAACAUAUAGAAAACAGAAAUAAGAUUGUUUAUCUGAAUAGAAACCUGAAAGACAGAUCUGUAUCGUUGUAUCAUUUUCUUCAAGGAAAAAUAGGAGUUCCAGUUUGGACUUGGGCAGAAUAUUUUGAGCAAACUGUUUUACACGGCAAGUAUUUUGUAGGAUUAAGAUGUACAUGUACAUGUACAUACAUGUAA